AUGCCUUGUAAGAAGGAAGCAACAUUGAAUGAUAUUUCAGAUCAAAUGAAAGAAUUCAAAAAUAAUGUGCCUCAAAUGGAAGAAAUACCUCAGCCAACAAACCAGGAUAAUAUUUACUUUUUGGCAGCAAACCCGGGUAGUACUGACUUUCUGGCAACAUUUAAGGACGAUAUUCACUUUCCAAAAACAAACCAUGAUGAUAUUGACUUAUUGGCAACCAACCAGGAUGACAUUGACCUUUUGGCAACAAACCAGAUUAGUACUGACUUUCUGAACGAACCAGAUGAUAUUGACCUUUUGGGAACAAACCAGAAUGACAUUGAAUUUUUAGCAACAAACCAGGAUGAUAUUGAUAUUUCAGGAUCAAAACAGGAUAAUAUUGACCUUUCGGAAACAAACCAGGAUAAUAUUGACCUUUCAGGAAUAAUCCAGGAUGCCAUUGACCUUUCGCAAACAAACCAGGAUAAAAUUGACCUUUCUGGAUCAAACCAGUAUGAUAUUAAUCUUUCGGGAACAAACCAGGAUAAUAUUGACCUUUCGAGAACAAACCAGAAUGAUAUUGACCUUUCGACAACAAACCAGGAUAAUAUUGACGUUUCGGGAACCAACCAGAAUGAUAUUGACCUUUCGGAAACAAACCAGGAUGAUAUUGACUUUUUGGCAACCAACCAGGAUGAUAUUGACCUUACGGAAACGAACCAGGAUAGUAUUGACAUUUCAGGAACAAACCAGUAUGAUACUGACCUUUUGGGAAUAAACCAGAAUGACAUUGAAUUUUUAGCAACAAACCAGGAUGAUAUUGAUAUUUCAGGAUCAAAACAGGAUAAUAUUGACCUUUCGGAAACAAACCAGGAUAAUAUUGACCUUUCAGGAACAAUCCAGGAUGCUAUUGAUCUUUCGCAAACAAACCAGGAUAAAAUUGACCUUUCUGGCACAAACCAAGAUGAUAUUAAUCUUUCGGGAACAAACCAGGAUAAUAAUGACCUUUCGGGAAGAAACCAGAAUGAUAUUGACCUUUUGGCAACAAACCAGGAUGAUGUUGAUAUUUCGGGAGAGAACUGGGAUAAUAUUGACCUUUCGGAAACAAACCAGGAUGAUAUUGACCUCUUAGCAGCAAACCAGAAUGACAUUGACAUUUUGGUAAAAAAUCGGAAUGAUAUUGACUUUUUGGCAACAAACCAGAAUAAUAUUGACUGUUUAGCUACAAAUCAAGAUGAUAUUAACAAAUGUGAUGCCGACAAUACUAAUCCAACUCAUGCUAAUCUUCCGCUCCCGAUAGGCUUACAUUCUCAUAAUAUUCCGACUGACAAAAAAUUCGUAACGAUGGAAGCCCAAAAACUUCCGCAACCAUUUACUGAAUUUAGGAGUGUUAAAGAGAUGGUAAGAAAAUUAGAAAGCAUUAAAGAAGAAUCCAUGAAAAGUAUUUCGCCUGUAGCUUCCCCUAAACCAAAGAUUGAUAUAUUUAAUUGA